CCGCCGGGUUGCCCGGCAACAGCGCGCGUCCACAGGCGGCUCGCCGAAGCUCGGGGCCAUGGCGCCGGGGCCCAGGCUCUCCCGCGGGAGGCGGCACCAGCAGCAGCUCGCCCCACCACACCAUUUGGAAGAAAAUGACACUCUAGAUGGCUUUUUUCUUCCAAAUGGAAUAGAUCUUCAUCAGGUAAUUAUAUUGCCAAAGGCAGAAUGGGAAAGGCUUCAGGACAGCCUUGGCAGCAGAACCAGAGAAGCUGCAGUCAUCCUCGCCGAGAAGAAAGAACGGGAAGAAAUGCAUUUACGCUCCAAAGCUGCUGUAAAAGACUGGCCUAAUACCUGUAUGGGCAUGGCACAACGGAAACUAAAAGCCAGAAAAUUACGUGAAGAAAGGGAAGAAGAAGAAAGAAAGUUAAUUGAUUUGGAAGAAGCAAAGUUCCAAGCAGCAAAACGGAAGGAGGCUAUUGAUCGUGCAAAAACCUACCUAAGCUAUCAGAACGAAAGAAUUAAAGGGCUUCAUAGUGCACUUCUACUUACCAAAGUCCUAAAAGAAAGAGAUGCUCAAGUUGAAUUUAAAAAGUUAAAGUCAGAUGCUAACAAAAAGAAGGAUGAAGAAAAGGAACAUGAAUAUAAAGAAGCUAAUUUCAGGGAUCAAGAAGAGGCACGUCGGCGUUACAUGAAUGAACAGGCACUACGCAGAGAUCAGCUGGAACAAAUAAAGGAGCGCAAACGUCAGGCAGAUCUGGCCAAGCUAGAAGACAAAAGAGAAGGGGAACAAAUACAGUUAUCAAACCAAUUGUACCAACUGGAAAUUCAGAAAGACAGAGAAAAGGAACAGAAAGAGAAAGCUGAACGCCGGAGGCAGCAUCACGAGCAUGUAGCUGACCAGAAAAUAAUCAAAGCAGUAGAGAAACAAAAACAAAUGGAAGAAGAUGCUCGGAUCGAAGCUCAUUUUAAAGCAAAGCAGAUUAUCGCCAAGAUGACAAAAGAGAAAAAAGCUGAAUUGCGUAGACAAGCGCAGGAACGUCAGGACAAAAUUGUUAAACAAUUAGCUUUACAAAUGGCUGAGACAUUAAAGAAGGAAGAUGGUCAUCUUGCUAGAGACACUGCAAAAAAAGCUGAAGAAGAAAAAAAACGCAGAGACAAAGAGGCAAAGAAGCAAAAGGCUGCAACUGAAUCUAUUGCUGAAUACAGAGCCACUGCGAUGAAGAUGAAAGCGGACAAGGAGAAAGAAGAAAAAGCAGAGAGUAAAAAAGAAUAUAAUAAAAUAAUGGAAAAUUACCACAUUUACCUGGAAAAGGAAAAAGACAAGAAAAAAAGACAACGUGAUGCCAGUAUGGAAGUACAGAAAUUUCAGAUCCAGCAAAUGGCUGAAAAGCAGGCAAGAAAACAGCAGGAAAAGCAAGCAGACUUGGACUACAAUGCUCAGACAGAGUUUAUUGCUCUCUGUAAAGAGCAGGAAUUUCAGAGCUAUGCAAAGCAAGUAAUUGAAUCAGAGGCCAAGACUACACAUCAUCUUUAUCCUCUUCUGAAAGCAUACAAAGAUGUAAGAGGACUUGGACUCAAGCCAUUUUCCAGAGAAGAAGGAUCAAAUGGUUUUCAAGCACAGGAUGGUGCUGGGACCCAGUAACCUUGCAGAUGUACUACUGCACAAGAAGUUAAAAACAUGAAGUAAUACAGAGACUAUCUAGCAGGGAAGGGCAGAAGCAGUUUUCAUGUGGUUAAAAAAUGUCUUUUUGAACCUUACAGGCAGAGUUAAACUGCAUCUAUUAUAUACUGUGAAUCACAAAGUCUAUUUGAAAAACAAAAAGAUAUUGCCUGAGAACUGGUCAUAUUCUCAAAAAUAUAAGUUAGUUUAUUAAACUUGA